UAGACCUGUAUAUAAGACCGUGUACUGAUCGUUGUAUAGCCGGGGAUUGGAAAGAUGGCGGAUGAAAGCGAGGAUCAGUGGUUGUACGGUGAUUCGGUAGAUGGGAAAGAAGUUUCGUCGGCUCAAUCAAGUUUGGAAAACUCAAGAAAUGAAGACGCUCCCAACUCAUGUCAAGAGUCGUUGGUCUUGGGUGCCCAAUUACCUUUUUCUGACGGACCACCAGGAGUGUCUGAAGACACAGGGCUUCAAGAAAACCAUCAAAUGGGAGAAUUGGAGGCUGAAGUAAGUAAUGCGGAUAGAGAGAGUAACGAGAAUGGAACAAAAGAGAUGUCAGGCCAGGAAGAUGGAGAAGCAGCAACUGAUUCGGAUUCAGAUGACGAUGUGCACGUCGUCAUUGGAGACAUUAAAUCCACUCCGGCGUAUAGCAGUCUAAAUAUAAAGCGCGGUGGAAUGCUAACCGCUGCAACCGGUGCCCCAGAUAAGUUGAACAAGCAGCCAGGAAAAUUCAGCAUCGAUGAAUUUGAAACGAUUGGAGUCAUCAAUGGAAUGCCUGCCCACGAAUUCAAUUUGGAUCAGCUUGAAGAUAAACCAUGGAGGCAGCCUGGAGCAGAUAUAACAGAUUACUUUAAUUACGGUUUUAAUGAAGAAACAUGGCGAGCAUAUUGUGAAAGGCAAAAACGAAUGCGUAGCGAAUCUGGGGUUGGGUUGAUACUCAACGCUGGAGGAGGAGGAGGCAAUAACCCAGGAGGUGGAAUCCGGGUGCCGCAAGUAGCAAUUACUAACGAUAAUAGUAAGUAUUCAGGGAUCAUGGGACCCAAGAGGGCAGGUCCACCGCCUGGCCGCAAAAUGGCAGGAACUAUAGACGUGAUUGGAAGCUCUGGAUUGGCCUCCAGACGAAACUUAGAUAAAUCACCACCUAAAGAAAAUGUUAUUCAAGUAAUGACUGCUGAUAGAAGGGAAUACUCUAGAAAACCUGGUUUUCCUGACAUGAGUGUUCCUCCUCCUGGAGCAGGAAUGCCACCUCCCUUCGAUAUGCCUCCGCCAGGAUACGCCGGGGAACCACCUCCUUUUUACAUUCCGGAAACUGAUCCUUAUUAUCAAAGCUACGAACCUACGCAGGACAGCCAGUGGGGAAAUGAUCCUACAUGGCAACCAACUAAUCUUGCAAUUCCAUUAACGGAAGGUGAAGAAGACAAAGAUGCUGGCCCUAAAACAAUUCCUACUAUGGUUCCGCCGAUAGCAAUACCAACUCUUUUACCUCCGAGAGAUUCUAGAGAAACGAGAGACAGAGAUAGAGAUAGGGACAGAGACUCCAUGGUGCGAGAUAGAGAGAGGGACCGAGAACGUGACAGAGAACGAGAGUCUGUGUCAAGAGAUCGGACAAGAGAAAGGGACACGGAGUCUGUCUCGAAGGAGGAAGAUAGGGAUAGGGACAGGGAUAGAUCGAGAUCUCAACAUCGCCACAAAGAAAGGCAUAGGCACAGAUCAAGAUCGCGUUCACGUCGGCACAAAUCCAAGUCACGCAGUCCUAGUCGGCGUAAAAAGAAAUCCCGUCGAUCAGAGCGGGAGCGUUCCAAAGAAGAAAGUGAAUAGCCCUGUUGAUUUCCAAUUAGCUGUAUGAUUUUAUCAAUAACACAUAAUUUGCAAGUGGUUUUUUUUUACUGUUCCAUACUGCUUACCGUUUUAAUCCAUUCUCCUUAUCAGUUAUUACGGGAAGUACGUGAGUAAGCUGAUGUGAAAACCAACGAUUUAUUAUUGUGUAUUAUAAGAGGAUAUUCUGAUAAUUUAUGUCAGAGUUCAGUCUACAUUUUUUUUUGCGCUAUAAUUUGAAUAAGUAAAAAUAUACGAAAAUAUUCUUGACGCUGAGUUAUAGUGAACAUUUUGUGAAUGAGAGUUACAACAAUAAAUCUUGAUACCACAGA